UCUCGUGUAAUGAAGUAACGGUGCUGUGUUUAUAUCUGCCCCCUGUUUGUGUUUGACGAGAGCAGACCUCGUUGUUAUCGCGGUUACACUUGUUUUGUUGACUUUGCGGUUAGCUGCUGGGUGAUAUUGGUUUUCAACUGGUCCCAUCAGUGCAAACAAAAAAAAAAAAACACAAAUUUGAACCCUGACCCACUUUUCUUAAAGAAACGGACAGGAAGUCCGCUCACAUCCAGCCUUGUUUUUACUGUGGUCAUUAAUUAGUCCCCCUGGAAAGAAAAGACUUUUAUUUUUUUUUAACGUAACUGCUCCCUCGGUACACACUGAAGCAAAGGUCAGGGAUAGAGGAGUCUCGUCCAAAAGCAGGAGGGCUGGAGAAGAAGUCGGCUGAUGCAGGACUGCAAGGAGGAGGUCAAGUUAAAGAUCAAGGACCUGAACGAACACAUCGUCUGCUACCUUUGUGCGGGUUACUUCAUCGAUGCCACAACAAUUACAGAGUGUUUGCACACCUUCUGUAAAAGUUGUAUCGUGAAAUACCUACAAACGAGCAAGUAUUGUCCAAUGUGCAACAUCAAAAUCCAUGAAACGCAGCCUUUACUCAACCUCAAACUGGAUCGAGUGAUGCAGGACAUUGUCUACAAACUGGUGCCUGGACUACAAGAAAGUGAAGACAAAAGAAUAAAGGAAUUUUAUCAGUCACGUGGGUUAGAGAGAGUCAUCCAACCUUCUGGAGAUGAUGCUGUACCCGACGCUACAGGUUUACCGUACACAAGCUUUGACCAUUCAAAAGCCCACUUCUACAGAUAUGAUGAGCAGGUUUCGCUGUGUUUAGAAAGGCUAAGUUCAUCGCUUGCUGGAAAAGAUAAGAUGAAACUUACUCUGCAGCAGAAGUUUGUUCGCUGUUCUGUCCGAGCGGAGGUGAGGCACCUACGGAAAGUGCUUUGUCAUCGGCUAAACGUGGAAAAACACCAGGUCCAGAUGUUGUUCAAUAACGAGUCUCUGCCCGAUCACAUGACCAUGAAACGGUUAUGGCUCUCACACUGGUUUGGCAAGGCACAACCAUUAGUCCUUCACUACACCAUCAAGGACAAACGGACCAAAUAGGACUUGUUUUCACUCCGAGGACAGCUGUACAUAUUUUGUACAAUACAUAUUCUAUUUUAAUAGUGUUUGUGUACAUAUACUUAUUUUCCUUGUUUUGUAUUUUUGAAAAUAAAUUAAAAAUGUGAAAAUAAAA